UAUCCCCUACCUUUCACUUGUGGCCAACGAUAUUCUAGCCUUAUCUUUGAGCACGGUACAGCCGUGCAGCAUGUUUUUCUGGUCCCUUCUCCUCUCAUACCGGAGCUCUGUUGGGCCAGCACUGGGUCUGUCCGGAACGAGUUUCAUGAAUAUUUGAACCAUCAGGUGCUGAAUAUUGGACCGACGAAGCUGAGCAUCGUCAAGAUGCACAUAUGCCUCGACGGAAGAAUGUGCGCAUACAUGUGCUCUUCUAGAAGUGCACAUCACAGGGCCUUGAUGAAACGGUUGCAUCCAUUGGCUCAAACGGCACUCGUAAUCUCAGAGUGUCAUUUGCCGCGCACUCGUCUUCUCAAAGUGGAGGCGCUAAAGUUUAUGGCUGCAUUCUCAAUCAGUUUUCAUUGGAUUGCCGCUACGGGCAUUCGUUGUGACACUUUUUUGGCUAGCCCUGCCCGUCUAGGAUCGAUCUCUGGCUCUACACUCUACAAAUCUAACAAACGUAACUGCCUCUCCGAGACGAAAACAUCCUCACGGCAUACUGGACCGAGGGUAUCUUAA